UAAAGAUUAAUUUAUCGAAACAUGGCUGAAGGCUUACGAAACGCGGAACUUUCGGAUCUAGAGGAGACUUUCAACAAAGCCGCAUCCUACGUGCAGUUGUUAGUAUCAAAACUGAGCAACACUCAGUUGCUUGGUUUUUACGGCCUGUACAAGCAAGCCACUUGUGGUCCCUGUGAUACACCAGCCCCAAGUUGGUACCAGUUGACUGCAAAAUCCAAAUGGGAGGCGUGGAAGAGCUUGGGAGAUAUGAAGAGGGAGGUGGCUAUGUCCAAUUACAUCGGCUUAGUAAGCGAACUGGACCCGGACUGGGAGAAGGAUGCUCGCGAUAGUUCCAAGACCUGGGUGGUCGUGAGCACGUUACCAAACACAGACACCGAAUUACAUGAUGUUGAUAAGACACUUCUCGACUGGAUAAAGGAAAGCAAUCUUAACAAAGUACAACUGUUUUUAUCUCGUGAUAAGAAAUGCAUCGAGGUGAGGGACGAAGAUAACAUGCUGCCGAUUCAUUGGGCAGCUGACAGAGGAGAUUUUAAUAUUUUGAAGUUUCUUGUUGAAGUUGGAUCAGAUAUAAAUGCGCAGGAUGCAGAUGGUCAGACUCCUUUGCAUUACGCCGCCAGUUGCGGUCACAAGGACAUUAUUAAAUACCUGUUGUCUAAGAACGCUCGGAUGAUCCAGGAUAACGAUGGUUUGACGCCUAAAGAUGUCGCCGACGAAGCUGUCACGUCCAUGUUCUAACAUUUUUUUAACUACCAAUUUUUUUCUUAUACAUAUGUAUGCGUAAGUCUGUAAGAGACAUGUUGAUAAUAAAAAAUGUCUUUGUUGGCAAAAAGUACUUGUGCCUCAUGUUUUUCCGUAUUCUAAGGCAUCGGGAUUAUUUUUAUAGAAACUGUAAAUU